AUGAUGGAUCAUUCGAUGUGGGCUGUAGUCGCGGAAAUCACAAAACUGAAAGCCGGAGGCGCAUUCGUGCCAUUGGAUCCAGCUCAACGAGCAGCUCGACUGGAAGACAUUGUCCACCAAACCAACGCGACACUGGCCAUUUCUUCAAGCAGCCACGUUGAUGCGCUGUCAAGUCUCGUCUCUGAUGUUAUUCCAAUGUCCGAGACAUCGGAUCUUCUCAUGGCCCCCAUGGGUACCUUGACCCCGGUGAUUCAUGAUCGCACUGGCUAUGUCCUCUUCACAUCUGGAAGCACAGGAAGGCCCAAGAGAUGCGUUGUCAGUUAUAGGGCUCUGAGUGACGUUGUGCAUCAAACUCCAGCACUUCAUAUCAUGCCCGAGAGCCGUGUGUUGCAAUUCGCUUCAUACACCUACGGAAUGUCUCUGAUUGAGAUUCACUGCGCACUGUCGGUAGGGGCGACUAUAUUUGUACCUCCCAAUCACGAAAGACUGAAUGAGCUGAAUGGUGUGAUUUAA